AAACUUAAAAUGAAAUGUAAGCGCUUUUCUUAAAUCCCUCUUAAAUUACUUUCUUAAAUCUUAAUCCUACGCUCUAUUCUAGUAGGUUUUUAUUUAACUUGUAGGUUAAUUUUAUAUUGUUUUAAUUGUCUGUACAUUUUAGUUUAGUUAAUGUUCUACUUAUUGAACACCAGAUCUCCUCAAAAACAGAUUUUAUCUCAAGAAUAGUCCUGGUAAAAUAAAGAUUAAAUAAAAUUCUACUUUUUUUAAAUUUUAAAUAAGGAUUAACAUAUUCAGAUUCAGGCAAAUAAAAAUUAACUUAGUGUGGAGUAUAGAUGAUAAAUGUUAGAGAAAAAUAACCUGAGAACAUCUGACAAGCAAGGUUAUUUUAAAACAUUUUAUGCUGUUACAUUUUUUUCUCCUCUUCUCACAGCUGAGCCAAGCGCCGCGGCUCCACAGUGUUCUUACAGUGUUAGAGCGAUCCGGUUUGGAUUCCAGUUUAAGAUGACCAGUUUCCCCACUGGUCGCUACACGAUAAGCGUUGGUGAGGAAGGAAGUCCAACAACUGACAAGAUCAUCAACAUUCCUUCCUCUAAUAAAAACCCAACGCAUGAAAUCCAACGUCUGAAGCCCUGCACUGAAUAUGAGCAUAAGGUCGCGCUGCUUGACAAUAAUGGUACAGAAAUAUUCUGCAGCGGCUCUGGAGGAAAAGCAAAAACACUCAGCAUGAAUGAACAAGACAUCACAAACAGCCCCUGCAUCCCGGGAUACGUCUGCUACCAAAGCGGCUGGAACAUCAGCUCCUCGGUUUCUGCACCAAACCAAACUGAACAGUUCAGAGACGGGACGUUUGGUUUUAAACUGGCUGAAGAAAACAUCUGCUCAAACUUUACUGUCAGUUUUUACCAAGAUAACUGCAGCAACUCCUCCUUUGACCUGACCCGAUACAUUCCUGCUGAUUACAUAAAUCCAAAUGAGAUGAAUCAGACUAAACACAAUCGCCUUCCUGCAGAGAUAGAAACAAAACUGCCUCCAAACUGUAAGAAUCUCAGCAUUGAGUACACCUGCUCAGAAAGUGGAAAAGUCGGGGACUCCAUUCAGCUCUCUAAUCUGGAGCCGUUUACAGAUUACAGCUGCACUGGUCUGAUCAAGAACAACAAUGUUUCCAUCAACAAAAUAACUCCAGCUGUCCAGUUCAACGUUACCUGUGAUUUUAUGAUAACCCCCACAAAAUCUUUUUUAAACCAAACUUUUGGCAGUUUGUGGUGGAAAACAACCAGUGAGAACUGUGGAGCCGUUCUCCCAAAUCUGGAAAAACUUUCUUAUAACUGCAGCUGCCAGGAAAUUGAUACAGGUGAAUAA